AUGAGCGCUUCAUCGAGAAUCGUCCGCAGUGCGGCGCAAACAUCUUUCAUAGGAGCCCGUGCUCUUCAACGAUCUUCGCUCAGUCCUACGGCAGCAUAUUUACGCCGUAAUGCUCGAACUCUCCCAUCACAAGUGCCAGCGCUGGCCAUUUUAAUUCCGCGAAGAGGUGUGACGACAGAUACUCAUACAUCUGGAGGAACAAACGGUGCACCUCCACCUGGUUUCAAUGCCGAACAAGCCAGAAAACCGAUAAAGGAGACCCCAGCCAGCUCCAGUGCGACAUCGAAAGCUGCUGCCAAACAAGCCGUCAAACAUGAAAUAGACCCUAUUCCGAGCAAUGAGGCUACUGGAGUCGCGAAAACGGAUGCUUCUGAAGGCUUGACGCUUUCAGAAUUGGCUGGUGCAACUGGAAAGUCCGUGGAGAAGCCGGACGGCGAGAAAGCAGAGAAGAAGCUGACACUGGCACAAAAGAUAAAGAAAGAGGCUGCACAUUACUGGGAUGGUACGAAGUUGCUUGGAACCGAAAUCAAGAUCAGUUCACGUUUGGCUUUGAAGAUGGCUGCAGGAUAUGAGCUCAGUCGCAGGGAGCACAGACAACUACGAAGAACAGUCCAGGAUAUGGCUAGACUAGUACCAUUCUCGGUGUUUGUUCUUGUGCCAUUCGCAGAACUUCUCCUUCCUAUCGCUCUCAAGCUGUUCCCCAACAUGCUCCCAAGCACGUACGAGGCGCAGAAGUCAAAAGAUGCUAAAGUAUCUUCACUCCGAGCGACUCGAAAGGAUGUUAGCAACUUUUUGCGAAGCACCAUGAAAGAGACCGGACUGCCAUUAAGCCCAGCAAAUGCUCAAAAGGAAGAGUUCGCACAAUUUUUCCGCAAAGUUCGAGCCACGGGUGAAACCCCUACCCCUUCAGAAGUCAUCAAGGUCUGCCAAAUAUUCAAGGACGAUUUAACUUUAGACAAUUUGUCUCGUCCCCAACUCGUUGAUACUAUGCUCCGUUACCAGAUCCGUCAUCGCAUGAGACAAAUCAAGAGAGAUGAUAGAGCUAUUAGUUUUGAAGGUGUGGAAAGUUUGUCUGUCCCAGAACUUCAAGUUGCUUGCCUCAACCGUGGUAUCAGGACUCAUGGAGUGUCUCCUGCCCGGCUCCGUGACGACCUCCAAUCUUGGUUAGAAUUGCGACUUAAGCAUGGAGUUCCCUCCACGUUAUUGGUAUUGAGCAAUGCAUUCAUGUAUGCUCAGGGUAAGGAGGCUGAAUUCUCAACUCAAAUUGACGCACUUACUGGUGUCCUGUCAUCCAUUCCAGAGGAAUUAUUCCACGAGAUUGAGCUUGAAGUUCACAAUGCUGAGGGCGCUGCCACCAACAAACAACGUCUUGAGGUUUUGAAGGAGCAACAAGAGCUCAUCGAGGAAGAAAACGAGCAAAAUGAGGAAAAUACCGACCAAGGCAGAGCCACUCCUCGAGAUAACGAAGAUAUCGAUGAAAAGGAAGAAAGACGAAUGGAAGCCAAAGAUGGAGCCGAGCAGGAGCAAGUGAAUGAGGCAAUUGCUGCAGAGAAAGAGGGUGAACUACUAAAGGAAGAAAUUAAGGCAAGAGAUGCAAAGCCAUGA